AUAUAUGUAUACAAUAUGUUAAAUAUACAUAUUUUUUGAGGUAAAAUAUGAUUUUUAAUUCCGAACCUAACGGAUGAUUCCUUUUUUGGAUAUACUAAAUAUGGAAUUUCACUAUGUCUUGAAUCAGUCUAUUGAUUAGAAAAUAUAAAACUGAUAUGUAAAUACAUUAACAUAUUAAUGUCAGAAACUUGAAAUACAUGCUCUUGAAUCCUCACAAACACAGUCCUACAACAAGUCUUUGAUUUGUGAGCAACGAUUGCUCUCAACUUGCUGACUUAAAAUGCUGAAGACGAUGAUGGGAACGAUUGCUGUUUCUUCUUCUUCCUUCAAGGUUGGUUAUGGCGGCAGCGGCAGCAGCAGCAGCAGGAGGCUUGUGAGAGGUAUGCUGCCUCGUCUUCUUCAAUCUUCUUCUGUUGUUUUCUUCAACGGUUACUUGGCUUUGUUUCACUCUCGAGCUUCUAAAUCGACCGAAUCAAGAAGCACCCAACAACACCAGCUUGUGAAAAUCACUAAUCUCGAGGAUGCUCUCGACGUGUUUGACGAAAUGCUUCAAAGGCGUCCUCUGCCUUCCGUUGUCCUUUUCACCCAAGUGUUGGGUCAACUUGCCAAGUUGAAGCAUUACUCGACAGUCAUCUCCUUGAAUAACAGAAUGGUUGCGUCCGGAAUUCGUCCUAAUGUUUAUACACUAAACAUUAUCAUUAAUUGCUUUGGUCGUUUGGGGAAAAUGGGGUUUGGCUUGUCUAUCUUGGGAAACUUCUUCAAAUGGGGUUUUGAACCAAAUGUCGCGACCUUCAACACUCUAAUCAACGGCUUUAUUCUCCAGAAUACAGUGGCGGAGGCAGCAACACUUUUCAAUAAAAUGUUGGACGGUGGUAAUUGUAAGCCGAACGUGGUUACUCUCGGUACCCUAGUAAAGGGCCUUUGCGCGGAAGGUAACGACACUGCAGCAAUCCAAUUGCUUAAGAAGAUGGAAGAAGGGGUUUGCAAGCCUAACAUAGUUAUUUAUAGCACGAUUAUCGACAGUCUUUGCAAAGAUACUCUAGUUGUGGAUGCAUUGAACCUCUUCUCAGAAAUGAAGAGUAAGGGUAUUGCCCCAGAUGUCAUGACCUAUAACUCUUUGAUUCAUGGAGUUUGCAAAUUACAGGAUUGGAAAGAAGCUACAAGAUUGUUGAAUGAAAUGGUGCGUAAACACAUCUUUCCAAAUGUGCACACAUUCAGUGUCUUGGUUGAUACAUAUAGUAAAGAGGGCAUGGUCCAGGAAGCAAGGAGCUUGGUUGAAAUGAUGAUUCAAAGAGAUAUCAAACCAGAUACAAUUACGUACAAUUCUCUUAUGGAUGGUUAUUGUUUGCUAGGAGAAAUGGACGAGGCGAAAAAGGUUUUUGAAGUAAUGCUUAGCAUAGGCUGCAUGGUUGGUGCUCAUACUUAUAACAUAUUGAUAAACGGCUAUGGUAAGAGUAAACGGAUGGAUGAUGCCUGGAUGCUUUUUCUAGAAAUGUUUCAUAGGGGAGUGGUUCCAGAUACUAUUACUUAUAACACUCUUAUGGAUGGGUUUUGCAAGAUGGGAAGGAUACAAGAUGCACAAAACUUGUUCUCUCAAAUGCAAGCUCAUGGCCAACUUCCAGAUGUUCGAACUUAUAAUAUUUUGUUGGAUGGCCUUUGUAAAAGCCACCAACUUUCUAUGGUGGUUGAAUUGUUGGAAGAGAUGGAAAGGAAGAAGUUGGAUUUUGAUGUUGUAACUUACAAUAUUCUUAUUGAAGGAUUGUGCAAAGCUGAAAAAGUAGAAUAUGCAUGGGAUCUCUUUCGUAGUUUAUCAUCAAAAGGAACUCAACCUAAUGUCAAGACAUAUACUAUAAUGAUCAGUGGAUUUUGUAAUGGGGGGCUAACAUGUGAAGCAGAAAACUUGCUAAGGAUAAUGAAAGGGAAAGGCUGUUCUCCAGAUGAUUGCAUGUACAACACAAUUAUCCGAGGGUUUAUCAAUAACAAUGAGACAUCAAGGGCGAUGAGACUCAUUCAAGAAAUGGUGGAUAGUGGUUUUUCUGCAGAUGCAUCAACUAUGGAGUUGAUCAUUAAUUCACCUGCUCUGUUGGCAUUAAUAGAAAAAUCGUGAUGAAAGUGAUUUGCAUCUUUGUUUUGAAAAGUUUCGGUGCAUCCCUUCCUUGAAUGCUGCAUUGGAAGGAGUUGUUCCACUACCGAGUCCAGUUCAGCCAAAUUCAACGGAAGAAAUUGAAUUCGACUCAUCUAAGUGCUGCACGGGAUUUGCAGGAAACUUCAUUUCAGACGUUACUCCCCGCAGAAGCUUGUUCUUGGAUCCUGGCCUUGUUUCCUCAAUCUUUCGGCAUAUCUCGCACCAUCAGAAUAGCAGUCAUAAUCUCUCUCAACCAUAGAUGCCCAUCUUGAACAAACUAUGGCCUGCAAGUUUGAAGGCAUUCCUCUCAUCCAGCAAGCUUCUUCCUCCCUUCAGCCUCAGCCUCACCAUUGAGUCUGGUUUUUGGUUUCCUCAUGUUCACAUAUGAAUGGAAACUCUUUCGAUCAAAAGGUUUUUCAGAGUUUAGAUAUUUUGGUUAUUCUUUAUGGUAAAGUGAUAGUGAUGAUCAUUCGAACUUGGGUCCAAAAAGUGUGAAUACAUUACGCAUUAUUCUUGUCAA